GAGAGAGGAGGAGAAACAGAAGGAGGAAGAGAAAGAUGAAGAUACUGAGAUCUACUCAAACUUCUUGCUCUUUGGAUUGCUGGGCCUUGCUGCUCUCAUCCGCUUUCUUUGUAAGGCCCUUCCAGAGAAGGAAAACUCGUCCUAUCUGAUCCUGCAAGAUGCCUCGCCGCCACACCGGCAAGCUCCGAAGCAAAAUGGCAGAGUCAAGACACCUUUGCAGCCGAAGAGAACGCAAGACACCAUGGAGAGCAAGAGCACGGUUUCUACUGACAAAGGCCGCCGCCCACCAGCCGGUUCAAGGUGA